CACGCAAGAUUUCCUUAGCACAAAUCCACCAGAUGCACGAACUUUGAACUUCGACGCCCAGCAACGACAACCUCCCAACUCCAAUCCACCCAACACCGCCAAAAUGCUCAUCCCAAAGGCCGACCGCAAGAAGAUCCACGAAUACCUCUUCCGCGAGGGCGUCCUCGUCGCGAAGAAGGACUUCAACCAGCCCAAGCACGGCGAAAUCGACACCAAGAACCUAUACGUGAUCAAGGCCUGCCAAUCACUCACCUCGCGCGGCUACCUCAAGACUCAAUUCUCCUGGCAAUGGUACUACUACACCCUCACCCCCGAGGGUCUCGACUAUCUCCGUGAAUGGCUCCACCUCCCCGCCGAAAUCGUUCCUCAGACGCACAUCAAGCAACAGCGAUCCGGUGCUCCUCCUCGUGGCAUGAUGUCUGGUGACGACCGUCCUCGUCCGGGUGGCCGUGGUGGCCCGCGUGGUGACAGAGAGCGUGGUGACUACAGACGCCGUGAUGCUGGUGAGGGCAAGGAGGGUGGUGCUCCGGGUGACUUCAACCCUGGCUUCCGUGGUGGAUUCGGCCGUGGCCGUGGUGCUCCCCCAGCGUCAUAGACACAUGUCUUAAUUGAAAAGCAGAAAUUCCUCUUUUCCCUUUACUGUGAACGAGUUGGGUCGGACGGUAGCGUGUACGAUCGAGUGACAGAAAUUGCCGGGGGUCGAAACGGUCGAGUAGGCAGUUGACACUGCAAC